AUGACACCCGCCGAUACUGGAGGAGCCGCACAUCGCGUUUUGAAGAGGGUCGUUGAUAAAUCUUCGCGAGUGCAGGACGUGGUCAACGAUGUUGAUCUGGACGCACUCGCAGCGGAAAUCAUUUCCCGCACAACGGUGAACUCGCUGCCCGAGAUACCUGCAAAGCUCCUGCCCAUUCAACAGCAAUAUCUCGAAGCUGUACGAACGAACAAGCAAGCAAGACUCAAGUAUGAUCAAGCUGCUGCGGAUGCGAAAGCUUGCGGCCGCCAUGUCAAGCUCGAGGCAGACUCAACCCCGAAGCCAAGUUUGUUCGACCACUUGAAUCUGCUGAGACAGCAGCGUUUGACUAAGAGCCUCGCUGUCCUCCAAAGGUACAUGGGCGAAGUAGAGACACUGUCCAUAGAUGCGACAGCAUUUGACCCGCUCGCUGUGACUGCAGAGAAUGAUAUCGAUACGAGCCUUAGCCUUGCGCAAACAGAGUCAUCAGUCCUUCAGAAACAGCUGAAAGACUGCACACGUAAGCUGGAGAUUGCUGUCAUUGAAGCUGACAACCAGGCCAAGUCCUCCAAAGUCCAUCUCGACGCGGCUCAAGCGCCAGACACAGGGCCAGCUCGUACCGAUUCCGUCUCGCAGCUUCGUGGUCUCACCGCAGUGCGGGACGAAUUGACGACCUGGUUGGAAGAGAGUCUCGCUGCGUGCGUUUCCCUCCCCAACGAGAUUUUCGAUACUGGUCCGCAAGUCGACGAGAUCACGACCGAAGACGUUCAAUCCGAGUACAGCUCAUACAUUGUUGCUCGCCAAGAUCUUAUAAACUCCAUGGCAUCUUUGUCGCAUCAACAGUCACAGCCUACAGUCAACGCGCAUUCAGUCUCCGGGUCUGAAGCACUAGCCAACGAUCUACGAACUACCACUCCAGAAGACACGGCCUACGACGACGAGCACGCCUACUUUCACCACCAGUCGCUCACUUCCAUCGGACAAGCCAACAUUCACGCCCAGCAGUCCCUUCAAAGCGAACAAUCGGCGACACUUGAAGUGCUCCGACGCCUCGCCGACGAAAGUCAGCUGCUCCCUCAAUACCCGAUUCUUUCCAAGUCCAACAGAUUCGGACGACUGGCAACCCAACUGGGCACGCGAGCAAUUCGUGAAGCAGACGACGAAGUCACUGAUCAGAUACACAUCUGGGCAUUCGCGAUCGACGCUGCAAGGCAGACUACAGAGGGCGCUGUGGCAGCGCAGAUGAAAGAGGCGGAGGCGGCGCUGAAUGAGGCUGAGGAGGUUUUGGAGCAAUUGAAGCUGUUGCAGAAUGGAUGA